AUGUUCAGAAACAAUUAUGACGGAGAUUCCGUAACUUUCUCUCCAACAGGUAGACUUUUCCAAGUAGAAUACGCCUUGGAGGCUAUCAAACAGGGAAGUGUGACAGUUGGUGUUAGAUCGAAGAAACACGCAGUCCUAGUGGCUUUGAAAAGAAACGCAGACGAGCUUUCGUCGUACCAAAAGAAGAUAAUCAAGUGUGACGAGCAUGUGGGGCUUUCCCUUGCCGGGUUGGCCCCAGAUGGCCGCGUUUUGAGCAACUAUUUGAGACAACAAUGUAACUAUUCAAGUCUCGUGUACAACCGCAAAUUGUCGCUGGAAAGAGCGGGCCAUUUGCUCAGUGACAAGGCCCAGAAAAACACACAGUCCUACGGCGGCAGACCUUACGGCGUUGGUCUGUUGUUGGCCGGCUACGACAACAGUGGGCCCCAUUUACUCGAGUUCCAACCUUCAGGCAACACACUGGAGCUCUACGGUGCAGCCAUCGGUGCCCGUUCUCAAGGUGCCAAGACAUAUUUGGAAAGAACGUUAAACGAGUAUUUGGAGAUCGAGGACGCAGACAAGCUAAUCGCUGUAGCCGUGGAGGCACUCAGGCAGUGCUUGAAGGACGAAUCGCUGAGCACGAAGAACCUGUCAAUAGCUGUUGUGGGCCAAGACAAGCCUUUCAGCGUGCUUGACGACGACGCAGUCGCACCAUACCUAUGA